UAUAAUUCAAAAGUCAAAAGAUCAGACAUAUUCUCUAGGCUCAAGAAAAUUCAAUGGCAUUACCAAAUUUUGAUGCUCUAAGAGAGUUGCACGACUCAGCCAACGAUUUGCUUCACUCAUCGAUGAUCAAACGAGAAAUCGCCCACCAAGGACAAGAAAAAUGGGUCCAUGAUGUUUCUGAAACAUCGUUAAGGAUGCUGGAAGUAUGUACCACCACAAAAGAUGUUAUAUUGUUAGUCAAAGAUCAUCUCCAUGACCUCAAGUCAACGUUCAGAAGAAUUAGUGUUGGAGAUAAUAAUAAUAAAUUCACAGUAUCUUUUCAUUGUCAACGAAAGAAGUUGAAGAAAGAGAUAUUAAAGCGCUUGCAUUCCUUAAAGGGAAUGAAACUAUCAUUGGGAUCGGACCAAAGCUCAGAAAGUAAAAAUAACUUGAUGGCAGUUGUGAACGUGCUUAGGGAAGUGAAAGGUGCUGCUAUGUCAAUAGUGGAGUCAUUGAUGUCACUUAUGUUAAUGCCAAGCCCAAAUAACAAGAAAUUAAAUAAAGGGUAUUUUUUUGGAUCAAAGUUGAUGAGAGUGAAUAGCUUUACUUCUUGGGAAAAAUGUGAUGCCAUGACAUUGCAAUGUGUGAAUAAAAGAUUGGAAGCAGUGGAGAUUGUUGUUGAAGAUGUUCUUGAAGGAGAAUUAGAGUGUAUUAUUCGGCGUCUUAUUAGGACAAGAGUUUCUCUUCUGAACAUACUCACCUGUUGAGUUAAGUUUGCUGUAUAUAAGUUAAACUCAUGAAAUGAUGAGCGAAAAAUAGAAGAUCUCUGCUGAGCUAAUUGAAGCAAUGACUGCAGAUUCUUUGAAUCUGAAUCUUAUGAUAUUCUAAGUUCAGAUCAAACUAAUUGUAACUGAUUACUCUUACUCUAAUUCUUUUAUUUGUUUCUGAUCAAUAAAUUAGACUAUUUGUCUUUCUUUGUCUGUUUACAUCUCAUAGUAGAUUUGCAAAUUUCAAUCAUAUUACAAGGCUUGACAGAUCCUUUUGGUUGAUUUACCAUCGAUUGUUUCAAUCUUCUGAUGAUGGAGUGAAUUGGAGGAGAAAGACUAAGAAGUCUUAUGUAUAAAAAAUUACUAUAUUGUCAAGUUGGAAAUACAAACAGAGAAGUUGUUCACAACACUGCAGAAACAAUGGGACAAACAGCUCAAUUAAAACAAAAAUGACAUGCAAAAACAAUUAUCCACUUCAUAGGAUUCUUUAUUGAACAAAAAA